AUGGAACACCUCGAACUCAUCGUUUUAAUUGUAAGUUGUUCCUCAGAAAACUCUCAGGAAGAAGGUACAGAAGAAACUAUUAGCACAGUAAAAAGCUCUUUAGCAUCACCUACAGAAAAUUUCUUGUUCUUGUCAGACAUUCAUCUGAAUGCUACUGAUAGCAUCAACCCUACCGAUUACGGUGAAGAUACACGUAAUAACGAUGCUCUGGGAGGCGACUAUUAUGCCUUUACUAAUUGUUCAGGGGAAAAUGCUUUUUCUCUAGAUCCUUCUGGACAAUACCCAGCACCCAAUGCUAAUAAAUUGUACUACAAUGAUAGUAUUUAUGGAUAUUAUUCAGCCAAACCUUUUGACGGACUACGUAUUAUCGCAUUGAAUUCAGUUUUGUUAGGACACACCUACCACAGUGAUAAUUGUCACUCUCAUAACCUUACUCCUGAAACUCAGCUGGAAGCUGGAGACCAUCAGAUGAGCUGGCUAAAAAAACAGCUUCAAUCAGCUGACAGUCUUAAAGAAAAGGUAUACAUUAUGAUGCAUAUUCCUCCUGGAUUAGAUGCCUAUAAAACUCAUGAAUAUCACUCCGAUUAUUCCAUGUGGGCACAUAAGCAUUGGCAAGAUGAUUUUUUAAAUUAUGUGAAUCAGUAUGAGAGUACCAUCUCCGGAAUUUUCUAUGGGCAUACUCACAUGGAUGAACUAAGAUUAUUAGCCAACUCUAGUGGAGGGUAUUCUGAGGUUGCUUUCAGUUGUCCUGGUAUUACCCCUAGAUCUAAAAACAACCCUGGAUUCAAAAUUGUAUCUUACAAUACUGACAUGGAACCUACUAACUUCACUACUUAUUUCACUAACUUACCUUGUACUGAAUGGGGAACAGCUUCUUAUACUUUCAAUAACAUUUACCAUCGACCUGAUAGCCUAAGUGGAUCAAUUAAAGAUUGGAUUCUUAAUAUGGAUACUAACAAGGUUGAAAACAAUAUGAAAGAAUUUUAUACUGUGUCACAUAAAAAAGGAGCUUCUUGGAGUAAAUUGGGAAUUAAAGUUAGUUAUUAG